AGCGGGGAGGCGUCACAUAAAGAAAACAAUCCCAUAUUAAAUCAGUGUAUAAGUGUUAAAUAAUAAAUUGAUGAUCCAACUAAAGUUUGGGAUUUGAAAUCAACACAUAUAGACGUGUACGGGUUUGGUUGCAAUUGGGAAGCAGCAGUAGAGAUAGCAGCAACAGAAGUCCAAAAAAGUAAAGAAAAGGCCAUAAAUAUAAUAUUUGGGUGUCUGGAAACCACUAUAAAUUUCUGCCUACAAUUGCAACCGCACGCCAACAUUCCCAAAUCUCACCCCCUCUCCUCUCCUCCCCUCCUCCGUGGAAUACUAAAAACAAAACUCUUCAGAGAAAUGCAUACAUUACCCGCGCCCCUUCUGGUUCUCCUCUAUCUCUUUAUCUUCUUGCUUUCACCGCUCAAUGUUCCCGCGGCCGCCGACGAGGACAACCCCUUCACCCCAAAAGCUUUUCUGAAUCGUUAUUGGAACAAGGAGGUGCGGAAUGAUUUGCCAAAACCCACUUUUCUCUUCUCCAAGGUCUCUCCCUUGACGGCAGUGCAGUCGGCGGCCUUCGCCAAACUUGCAGCUCAAAAUGCUCUCUCCUCCCGACUCCCCGAGUUCUGCUCCGCCGCUAACUUGCUUUGCUUUCCUGAUUUAUCCCCCUCUUUGGCCAAGCACGACAGCACCUCCAACUUUGCUGUGUAUUCCAAUAAGAACUUCACCACUUACGGCACCCAAAGAUCUGGUGGAAUCGACUCCUUCAAAAACUAUUCCAAUGGUGACAAUGUGGUCGUCGAUUCCUUCAGGCGCUACAGCCACGAGGCCCUGGGCCACACCGAUCAAUUUUCCACCUAUGGCACUGAUACCAACGUCCCCGACCAGAGCUUUAACACUUAUGCCUCCAAAGCCGUCGGAGGCAACGGCGGGUUCACAACCUACGAACAAUCCGUCAAUGUCCCCAAUCUCCGGUUCACCACCUACUCCAGUGAUGCCACUGGAAGAUCUCAAUCCUUCAAGAGCUACAGCGAGAACGCAAACGCCGGAGAUCAGUCGUUUGUCAACUAUGGGAAACGGGGAAAUGGGGGUCCGAACGAGUUCACUGGCUACGGGACCAACGCAAACGUAAUAGGCUCAGGGUUUUCAAGCUACGGGGCAAACGGAAAUGGUGCGAACGACACAUUCACCAAUUACGGCAACGAGCAGAACAACCCACAGAAUAACUUCAGGAGCUAUGGCGACGGUGGGAAUGGAGCGAUUGAAAGCUUCUCUAGUUACAGGGACCAGGCCAAUGUGGGGGACGAUUCAUUCCAGUCCUACUCCAAAAACUCCAACUCUGCCAAGGUUAAUUUCGCAAAUUAUGGGAAAUCCUUCAACGAGGGUACGGACAAAUUUAGUGGCUAUGGUCAGAAUGGGAAUGGGCAAAGCGUGGGGUUCAAGACGUAUGGGGUGAAUACGACGUUCAAGGAUUACGCAAAACAGGGAAUUAGCUUUGCCAAGUACAGCAAUGUGAGCUCUGGGGGCGCGAAAAUGUCGGUGAGCGAAAGUUUGGCUAAGAGGUGGGUAGAGCCCGGGAAGUUCUUCCGGGAGUCGAUGUUGAGGAAGGGGACGGUGAUGGCGAUGCCGGACAUCAGAGAUAAAAUGCCGAAGAGGUCGUUCUUGCCCCGAUCUAUUCUGUCCAAGCUACCCUUCUCGAGCUCGAAGCUGGAGGUGAUGAAGCAGAUAUUCCACGCGGGGGAUAACUCGUCGAUGGAGACUAUGAUGACGGAGACGCUUAGGGACUGUGAGAGGACGCCCAGCGCCGGGGAGACGAAGCGGUGCGUGGGUUCGGUGGAGGAUAUGAUAGACUUCGCGACGUCGGUGCUGGGGCGGAACGUGGUGGUCCGGACGACGGAGAACACGAAGGGGUCGAAGGGGAACAUAAUGAUUGGGGCAGUGAAAGGGAUUGAGGGAGGGAAGGUGACGGAGUCGGUGUCUUGCCACCAGAGCCUGUUCCCUUACCUCCUCUACUACUGCCACUCCGUGCCCAAAGUUCGGGUGUACGAGGCGGAGUUGCUGGAUCCAACCUCUAAAGCCACCAUCAACCACGGAGUUGCCAUCUGUCACCUGGACACCUCGGCCUGGAGUCCCGCUCACGGGGCCUUCAUAGCUCUCGGAUCCGCCCCCGGUCGGGUGGAGGUGUGCCACUGGAUCUUCGAGAAUGACAUGACGUGGAGUGUGGCGGACUGAUCGGUCGCCGCACCGGGGGGUGAAUUAUAAGUGGAAGCUCUCUCACUUUCCAAUUGAAUGCAAAAUAGAGAAAAUAUUUUCUGUCAAGUCUUUUUUUCCGUUUUGGCUUACCUUCAACAGUUGUACGUUUACCCGCACUAAUUUGGGGGAAUUGGUUAUUUGGAAAAAGGGUAAAUGUAAUUAAUUGUAAGUGAUUUAAGUUAAUUUUGUGGAAGAAAUGGAAGCGAACUCAAAUUGUGAAGAGAA